AUGAUCGCGAAUGGAGCAAGUAUCGCAUCUACCAACAAUGCGAGUGUUGGGGUUGAGGCUACAGCGGGAGUGAGUGCUGGUGGAGGGGGUCAAAGUGGUAUUGGAGGUGGAGGUGGAGGUGGAGGAAGAGGCCCUGGCAAAAGAACCAGGAAGGAACCAGUCGAUAAAUCAGAUGCAACAGCAUUUGCAGCUUCUGAGAUGAACAAGGUCAACAACACGCUUCAUGCAUUCGUCGGUGGCAAGCAAAGAUCGUGGAUGUGGAAUCACAAUGCUACUCCGACACCUGGCGGGGAACCCGUCCGAACUACAAUUCGAUCACAGAUAAACCCCAUCAAGAGAAGGACAACGCCACUGAACAGAAUGCCUUCACAAUCUACAACCGCAGGACGAAAUACUACUAAUAUCAUAACCAUUGACGACCAGAACCAAGGAAUACCACUACUCGCUACCGUCGGACCGGGAAAGUCGCCCCCGAGCUCCUUAUCCCCGGACUCGCGAGGUUUCGGUUUACCACCUACUCGAACACAGAGAUUACCUAGUGCAAAUAUGGAGGCAGUACUACCCUCACCGGCGCCUAGUGAUAGUCCAUCAGCUAUAGAUAGGCGGGAUGAAGAAGGGGAGGAGGGGGUAACAUCGGCAGCGGCUCAAGACACACCAAUCGGCUCACCAACCGAUAGGGUGUAUGACAGUGAGCAAGAUCAGAGGCAUGGAAGAGUAGAGGAUGGACAACAUGUGAUAGCUGUUGGUACCCGAAGAGAAACACAAACAGAGCUUUCGUCCAGCAUCACUGGGGAGAAGGAUAUACAAACGAUGAGUAACCCAGAAAAUCAUAGAUUACCCCGGGGGUCAUCAAAAAGGGUAUUCGAAACCACAGAAGAUCAUACCGAAAAUGCCAAACGACGGAAGCAAACAUCAAUGUUACCAAUCUCCGAGGGAAAUGCAGUUUUGCCACCGACUCAAAUCCCUCGGUCAGGCGAGCAAGGUUCAGGGACUGGUUUGAAUAGUCGUGUACAGAGUCCUGUGGUAGAUGGUCAACAAAUUUCACCUGUUUUUAACCAGCGAAGUUCCCAGUCUCCGAUUAUACCACCCAAUAGGACUCUAGUAAUCCCUUCAAAUGCAUCCUCCAUAGCGCCAUCGUCGCAAUCCUUCUCAGCGCCUCUGCAUUAUUCGACGUCACUUCCGCCCACAACCUCGUCGCCCUUGACUCAGCCUCCAAUGUUGGGUAUCCCUUUGCCGAACACUAUAUCAGAUCUCAAUUCGUGGAGCCCUUUGGCGUUGUCAUCGCAACUUCGAGCACAGGGCCCAACUUCCCCUCAGUUCCACUCGCAGCGCCCACAGCUACAGCAGCAGCAACAACUGCAACAACUGCAACAGCUGCAGCAGCACCAGCAGCAUCAAAAGCAGCUACAACUACAACUUCGGCGGGAGCAUCAGCAGCAACAAUUAAAACAGCAGCAGCAGCAACAACAAUUACAACAACAGCAGCAAUUACAACAGCAACAGCAGAUUCAAAGACCUCAGCAGGUACUACAACAGCAGCACCCAGCACAGGCCUCUCAAACGGCCUUAAGGGCUUUUCUUCCUCAAAUCAAUCAUUUCAUUCAAACAGAGGGUGGGGUUGGCCUACGACUAUUCAACGCCGUGGAAUGUUUUAGAUUCAAGGUUCUCCGUGAAGCAAUAAACAAAGAAGAUUGGUUUUUUGCUAUUAUGAGUCAGGUAUAUGCUCUGACAUCAAACGCCGAGGAUCAAAACACUUUAUUCAAAGAAACUGGGAUAUCUGCUUCGUUGCCCGGGUUCCAGGUGCUAAAUGAGCUUCUUGAAGACAAUCAACGGCUGUGCGGAAGAAACCUAACAUACCUUGCGGCAUUUCCGGUGCCAAUUGCGGAUGCAAAACAACGACUGACCUUCUUUCCGAGUUUCUUGGAGGAAGUCAGGAAUUUCCUGACAGAUGGAUAUAAGAUCGUAGGAAGAAUGAGGGACUGUUACUUCAAGGCAGGAAGAGUUCCGACUGAUGAGGACCUUGCACGGGAUUGGAAUACCAGGGCUCCAGUAUUCCGUUAUACAGUUGUUCGUCACCUCCAGCACCAAGUGAAAAAACUACUUCACGCCGCUCAAGUAAGCACAUUAGAGCACACAAAUGAGCAAGAGCACCGGCAAGCUUUGCAGGGCCAAAAUAUCCAGAUGCAACAACUGCAACGGAGCCAGCAACUACAGGAACAGCAGCGAUUGCAGCGAUUGCAAGUACAAACUGUGCAGCCACAGCAGCAGCAACAGCAACGACAACAAAACCCUGCGCCAAACUACCAACCACAACUGGCCAAUUUCCAACAUCGGCAGAUGGCAAUCAACCAUCAGUCUUCACCGCAAAUCUCUCCCGUUCCUAUUUACAACACUCCUCAGAGUAAUCCGCAGAUACCAGCGACCGGCGGAGCCAUUCAAUCGGAACAGACCAACGCUGCCAAUGUCGUAAGGGCUGAGAAUGGACAGCCGCAUGUUUCAGCGUUGCAGCGCAUCGCAACUCAAGGACAAAGACCAUCAAAUUCUAGCGUUAUUAGAGGCAAUGGUGCUUCUAUGCCCUUGAGCAUCGACACCCAAAGAGCUCAACAAUUAGCGAGAAGCCAACCUUUUCAAGUCGGCUCUGUCAAUAAUUCUCCACUGCCAACAUACACCCCAAGCUGGCUCACCAUGCCCAGCUCUCACAUGCAUUCCCCGAUAGUUACCCCAACAGCAAAUCAAACGCCUAGUGGGAUGGUCAAUCGCGUGCCGCCUAGCCCGGGAAUGCAGCAGCAAUAUAAUCAAUCACAGCUACAGGGACAGGGUCAGAGACGUGUAGCUUCAACACCAGCCCAGCAGGUUGCCGCCGCGCCGCAACAAACUAUAAACUCUCCAGCGCGCCGACAAAGCUACGUCCAAGGUCAUCCGCUAGAAUUCUCUGACAUGGCCGUACUCAAUUCUGCGCACAUGCGACAAGUUAACGAUACAAGUCUGACUACCCAGCCAAUACAACAAACAUUUCCCUCGCAGCGACCCGAGUUCAUGGCCCCAACCACCAUGGUAAAUUCGCUACCUAGCCCGCGUGGUGUUAUCCCAUUACCAACGCCGGUACGAGCCUACGCGCAGCUUCCUCAAAAUGCGCUCCAAUCCCAUCUCAUGAGUCCGAGAUUUGCUGAACCCCCUCGAGUGAACGGAAGCACACCACCACGUUCCAAGCUUUAUAUUAGCAUAAGCGAUUUUGCUUUUCCAGGGGUUGCGAUCAAUUUCAAAAAAUCAUGCCAGAAAGUCACAUUCAAUAUUACCGAGGAUACUGAAAAAAGACUUUCGAAAACUAGGCCAGGGACCAAACCAGGGGAUGGACUGACUCGACCAAUGGUUUCUCCAGGUUCACUCAUAUAUCGACUACGAUCUAUCAAAUGGACAAAAAACACUCCUCUGACUCCAGACCAGGAAUGGGUAUCACAAGAAACGGAUUGGCCAGUUAAUACCUUCAUUGAAGUGAAUGGUCAUCAUGUUGAAUUAAGGAGAAAACCGGCUUGGGGGAAGGAUUUACCGGCGGACAUUACAAGCUUCAUCAAAACUGGCGAUAACGAGAUGAAGAUCGUAGUUUUGACACCUCGAAAAACCGAUAAAAGUGUCAUGUAUGCCAUGGCAGUCGAGAUUCAUGAGUGUAAGCAUGAAGAUGAUAUUACCAGUUCUCUUUAUACCAUUCCUUCUACCGACGCAAAGACCCUUAUUACCAAACGUUUAAUCGGCCAAAGUGCAGACGGUGAUGAUCUUAUGGUUGUUGACAGCGACCACCUUUCCCUGGCUGUUACAUGUCCGUUGUCUUUCACGCUCAUGAACAGCCCAGUCCGGGGACGGUCCUGUACACACCUUGAAUGUUUCGACUUCAAAAACUUCCUGGAUAGUCGCCCGCGACGCAGAGAAUGGGAGCCACCGAAUUCCGAUGCUUGGAAAUGCCCUAUUUGCCGCGGGGAUGCACGGCCGGGAGAGCUGGUAAUUGAUGGAUUUUUAGCCGAAGUUUUAAAUGCGAUUAAGGGGGGCGACAUGGGAGUCCAGGACCCAAGAAACAUAGUUGUGAAGAAGGAUGGGAGUUGGGAAAUCAAGCAUGAAAAGGAAAACGCCGUUAACGAGAAGAGUGAGGACUCCUCAAAUGCCAGUGGCGGUAACAGUAAGAAGGAGGUCGAGGUGAUCUGCCUAGACGAUGACGAUGAAUAA